AUGGCGAACACAACUCUGGUUAUCAUUCUGGAAAAGAUUGCUAGCAAGGAUAAAGAUUUUCGGUACAUGGCGACGUCGGACCUUCUGCAUGAACUCCAAAAGGACACGUUUAAGGCAGACGCGGAGCUGGAAAAGAAGCUCUGCGCCGUCGUUCUCAACCAGUUAGAGGAUCCAUCGGGCGACAUCUCAAACCUAGCGGUCAGCUGUCUCGGCUACCUUGCUCGAAAAGUAGCUGAGGUCCGUGCUGAAGACAUGGUGCGGCAGCUGUGCGAUAAGGUUGCGGGCGCCGGGCCGGCUUCAGGAGGCAGCAGCGCCGCCAGCAAGGCGCGGGACGCUCAGCGCGAAAUUGCUUCUAUCGGCCUCAAGGCUCUCAUAAAGGAGCUGGCGGGGGGAGCGGCUGCUGGUGUGGGCGCAAACAGCCAGCUCGUCAGCAGCGCGUCCACCAUCAUUGCGGGUCGCAUGCUUGAGGGCCUGAACAUCCAUAAGGACGACAGCGAGGUGGUGGGUCACGUGCUAGAUAUCCUCACAGAGCUCAUUCAGCGCUUCGGGGGCCUGCUGGUUUCGGAGCACUGCCGCAUCCGGGACGCACUGCUGGGCGCUUUGGGCGAGGGGCGACUGGUCAUGCGCAAGAAGGCGCUUCAGGGCCUGGCUGCACUGUCCGUGUUCCUCAAUGAUGACGCGCUGGAGAGCGUAGUGACGUACCUACUGACUGCGCUUCAGGCGCCCAAUGCCAAGGCGGAUUUUGUGCGCACGUACAUCCAGGCGGUGGGGCAGAUCAGCCGUGCCGUGGGCUACCGCUUCGGCCGCUACCUCGCCACCGCUGUGCCGCUGGCCAUUUCCCACUGCAACAAGGCGACAGAGGGUGAUGACGAGCUGCGGGAGCACUGCCUGCAGGCUCUGGAGGGCUUUGUGCUGCGCUGCCCGCACGACACGCGGUCGCAGCUGGAUGCUGUGCAGGCCGCUGCGCUGCGCUACCUGCGCUACGACCCCAACUUUGCCCCGGACGACGAGGAAGGCGGUGAUGAGGACAUGGGCGACGACGACGAGGAGGCAGAUGACGACGGGGAUGGAGACGAUGCUGACGAAUACUCGGACGACGAAGACAUGAGCUGGAAGGUCCGCCGUGCUGCCACCCGCAUCGUGUCUGCGCUGGUGUCCCGCUACCCCGACGCGCUGCCGGCGCUUUACCGCGCGUCCAUGUCGGAUCUGGUGUCCCGGUUUGACAAGGAGCGUGAGGAAGGCGUCAAGGCGGACGUGUUCGCAGCCGUUAGCGAGAUGCUGGCGCAGGUGGGCGCCACCGCAGAUCGCUACGCGCCGGGAGACGCCAACAGCCCCACCGCCCUUCUGACCGGGGACGUGGCCUCCAUCGUCCGGGCAUCUGCCAAGCAGCUGCGCGAUAAGUCACCCAAGACACGUGUGGGCGUGUUCGGGGUGUUGAGGCAGCUGGUGGCGGUGCAGGCGUCGUCCAUGUCGGGUCAGGUGGACGCGCUGGUGCCGGGGCUGCUUGCCGCUCUCAACGACAAGAGCGGCAACACGGGUUUGAAGAUCGAGGCGCUGAGCUUCUUGCGUCAGACCAUCGCCGCAACCCCGCCGUCCGUGUUCCAGCCGCACACCAAGCAGCUGGCGCCUGCUGUGUUUGGCUGUGUUAACGAGCGGUACUACAAGGUGGCUGCGGAGGCGCUCCGAGUGUGUGAGGCGCUGGUGGGAGUCCUGCGGCCCGACCCCGCCGGCCCGGUGCCACCAGAGCAGGCAUCCCUAGUGGCGCCGCUCUACUCGGCAAUCAUGACUCGCCUCAGCGCUACCGACCAGGACCAAGAGGUAAAAGAGUGCGCGAUCAGCGCGAUGGCUGCUACCGCGGCACGCUUGGGCGACUGCCUUCAAAAGGAGCUACCUUCGGUUUUGCGGGUGCUGCUAGACCGUCUGCGCAACGAGAUCACGCGCCUCACCGCCGUCAAGGCGCUCACCACGCUGGCGUCGUCGCCACUGGUUAGCGGCGAGUUGCUGGCAGGCACGGUCGAGGGGGGCAGUGGCGUGGCGAGCGAGCUGACGUCCUUCCUGCGCAAGGCAAACCGGCUCCUGCGCCAGGCGUCGCUAGUGGCGCUGGAGGCUCUGGCAACUCGCUACCCGGCCGCUUUUGAGGGUCCUGUCCUCACCGCAGCCGUAGAGGAGGCUGCCGCACUGGUGUCGGAUGCUGACGUGGCGCUAGCGUCGCUGGCACUUCGCUUCCUGGUGUCGCUGACGGCCAUGCCGGGACCCGCGGGCGCCGCAGCAGCUGCAGUGGUGGUGGACAAGGUGCGCGGUCCGGCACUGGCACUGGUGCGCAGCCCGCUGCUACAAGGGGCCGCGCUGGAGGUGCUGCAGAGCUUCUUCGCGGCGCUAGCCACUGCCGCGGGGCCGCAAGGCGGGGCAGAUGCGCUGCUGGCGGCGCUGCUCGACGCGGGACGCAGCGCGGAGGCGUCGUCCAAGCAGGCCCAGCAUAGUGUGGCGCGAUGCGUGGCAGCUCUUGCCACCACGAGCCCCGCCAAGGUUCCCGCUGUCGUGGAGAUGUUGCUCAAAAGCGUGGGGGCCAAGGAUUCUGGAUCUCAGCGCUUGGCGCUGCUGUGCCUCGGCGAGAUCGGCGGCCGUGCUGACCUAUCAGGCCUGCCUGCCGUGGCAGCCGCUGCCACGGGGGUGCUGUCCGCGCCCGGCUCUUCUGAAGAGGUCCGCGCCGCCGCCUCACACGCCCUGGGAGGCAUUACCCGAGGCAACCUACACCACUUCAUGCCGGACCUUGUGGCCCAAAUCGCGGCAGCGGCCGGGCUACCCAAGCAACAGUACCUGCUGCUGCAGGUCCGUGAAGACAGUUUAAUAAGGCACGGGGCUGGCUACGGGCUAGGCUUGUUUCGUGCGAGCGUCCUAUCGCUGCUCUUCAACGCUGCGGAGAGUGAGGAGGAAUGCCGCAACGUUGUGGCCGAGUGCGCGGGCCGCCUGGCACUGCUGCACCCGGCCAAGGUGCUGCCGGCGCUGCUGGAGCGGACCACCGCCGCCUCGGGAAAUAUACGCGCUGUGGUGGUUUCGGCGGUGAAGCACGCGGUGGUGGACCGGCCUCACCCCGUGGACGCCGAGCUGGGACCUGUGCUGCUUCGCUUCCUGCUGCUUAUGGGCGACGAGGACCGCCAUGUGCGCCGCUCGGCGGUGGUGGCGCUGUCGGGCUGCGCACACGCCAAGCCGGGCCUGGUAGUGGGCGACCUGGCGCAGCUGCUGCCACUGCUGUACGCGCAGACGGCGGUGCGCGAGGACAUGAUCCGCACUGUGGACUUGGGACCUUUUAAGCACAAGAUCGAUGACGGUCUGGAGUUGCGCAAGGCGGCGUUCGAAUGCUUGGACAUUCUCAAUGACUGCUGCCGCGAUCGUCUGGAACCGGUGCCCUUCCUGGCGGCGCUGGAGAGCGGGCUCGGGGAUCACGCGGACGUCAAAAUGCCCUGCCACACCACGCUGUCUAAACUGGUGGCUACCGAUCCGGGUGCCGUACUGGCGGCGGCGGACCGGCUGGUGGUGCCUCUGGAGAAGACUCUCACCACGCGUCUCAAGAGUGAUGCCGUCAAGCAGGAGAUCGACCGGCAUGAGGACAUGCUGCGCAGCUGCCUUCGCUGCGUGGACGCUCUGGAGCACGUGCCCGGCAGCGACAACAACGUGGCCUUCCAGAAUUUCUUGCGCAAGGUCGUGCUGGCGACGCCCGCUCUCAAGGAGAAGUAUGUGGCCAUUCAACGUGAGCGUGCUGAGGCGGAGGGCGGCGACGCAAUGGAUACAGCGUAGUGGCUUUUGGCACGGCACCCGAGGGGCCAAGAUUGGGUCCGAGAGCCGUUGGGGCGGCGCCAUUGGAUUUCAUUUGGCAUGUGCGCCGCCACGCUCUGCAGGAUGGUUGCUGCAUUUUCGAAUCGGAGGCUUUUCUGCAACAGGGGAAGCUGAUUGCGGUGUCUGCAUAUCUUCGGAAUCGAAGUUGUUGCGGGGCUGCAUCUGUGAAAAAACUGGCCGGUAGUUGUCAACGUUUGUACCGGAGACUGAUGACGGUUGAUGCGCAAGCCUCCGACAGCCUCUACUGUUCGCGCCAAGAAGUGCAAGAAAGUGUCUUC